AGUGAGUGAGGUGCGAAGGAGAAAGAGAAAGUUUUCCGCAACAUGUCGCGCUUGAGAUGGUUUCGCGGCGAACGCGUACGCGAGAAAUGUCAUUUUCAAGAAACCAAAAUCCAAAUUCCUCGCGAAGAAUGAAUAGUCGUUGAAUUGUUGCACAUACAUACGGCAAAAGUACGGUUCUCGAUCGGAUUCUACUGAGCCGCCCAAAAAUUAACCUACAACAAAAGGCAACACAGCAGCAGCAGCAGCAGGAGCAGCAGCAGCAGCAGCAGCAGCAGCAGCAGCAGGAGCAGCAGCAGCAGCAGCAGCAGCAGCAGCAGCAGCAGUAGCAGCAGUAGCAGCAGUAGCAGCAGCAGCAGAGAGCAACAACACGAAGAAGAAAAUGCCGCGUACCAAAGGCUCGCCGCAAAAAUGCGUCAAGACUGCAAACUGUCAUCCGUCAGCGAAUACGUGGGUGUUCCUCAUGAAGGGAGAUAAUCUAGAUGAUACAGAUGAUGGCCAACCAGAAGUUGUAAAGCUCAGACAUCCAGCCUCUAGCAAACCAGCUAUAUUUGUAUUUAGUCCUGGAAAUAUUACAGUCCAGGAAGUUUUAAUGUUUGAUGAAAGCAAACGAUCUUGGUUUAUUGACAAUAAUGUUAAAUCUGAUGGCAAGUUGCAUCUAUCAACACCAAUUGAUCCAAUGUUUUUAGUCUUACCAUACUUAAGAAAGUCACAGUUAGCACAACCUUUAGAACAAUGUUUGUGGGAUGAGGAUUAUCCAGAGACGUCACGCCUUGCCCAAUGUAAAAAUUUGAAGCUGUCAUUAGUAGCUGAUCGUAAGGGAGAUGAGUCCUUGCAAGCUUUUAAAUUUAAUGAGGAAAAAUCAUUAAAAUGGUUACAGAAGAAGGUAGAAAGAGUAGCAGAUGUGUUAAAACAGAAAGGAAUUCAUGUGUCCCAAGGGGCUAUGAGUGCUACCUAUGUUAAAAGUACUAAAUUUGAAACUGGUACAGAGGCAGAAUACUUGAAAUAUGCACAUGGUAUUGUAUCGGAAUACCUUGCGGAAGAUCUAUCAAAACAGUUGGCGCAAUAUAUGAAUAUACCUGAUGAAGCAGAGGGUAAAAAGCGCAAAUUAAGUAAUCCAAAAAUUGAGCCUGAAGAGAAACGACCAAAGAGAGAUUCCUUAAAAGAAAGCCCAACACCAAAAGCAAAGAUGAAGGAAUUAACUAAGCCAGAGAAGAAAAAUGCUACUCCUGGCAAAAAAGAAUUAGCCAAACAGAGAGCAGCAGCAGGAUCUAAGAAUAUUUCCAGUUUCUUCAAAAAGAAAUAAAUUUUAAAGUAAUACAAUUUUCAAGGACAAUUUUAAAGAUUAAUGCGUUUAUACAAGCAUUUGUCAUAAUGUCCUAAAGAUUUCUUUUACUCUCUAUAUGUGUACAACUAUAUACAAAUAAAGUAAAAGUCCGUCUCA